GUAGUGCAAGCCAGCAAACACACAGUUGCCUUGAGGCUUCGGCGGCCUGAUACCCAGGCCUGGCUGCACUUAUCAUGGCACCCUGUGGCCGCUCGUGUCUGCCUUGGGAGACCGCCCAGCAGGGGUGCCCCUGCGGAGGCGUUCUCCUUUGGUGAGCGGCUGCAGACCACCCUGAGGGGCCUCAUCCUUGUGGACGUCCUGAUGACAGUGGAGUUUGAGCGCGUGGCAGAGCUGAGGUUUAAAGGGGGUUUGGAUGGGCCACUUGAAUGGUCGGUCUGGUGCGAAGUUAUGGGAAAGUGA